UCUUGCUCAAGUGGCAACUGGCAAAGCAGACAGCGCCAUGCUCUUCUGUCCGAGUCUUGCUAGCUGCUCAUCUCCCAACAGCAUAGCAGCCAGAGAGUCCUCUCCUCCAUUGGUCCCCCUGCCAUGGUCUCCUUCCUCCUCCCCCUCUCUUCUCUCUCCGCGAGCUUUCACCAGACAGCUCGACCCUGAGCUCACCUGGCCAUCACUGACGCCAUAGCCUUCUCUUCUUUUUCUUUCACCUUUUGGGUCCUGCUCUCUCCCCUCUUCCGCCGCCGGAGAUUCGCCACCCCUCCGGGUCUCCUUCUAGCAGGAGCGGGGCAUUUACGGGCGCUGGGGAUGGUCUCCAGAGAGCAAAGCAGGGUGGUUGAUGUUGAUGUCGGUGACAUUUCAACGGAGUGAUUGAGAGAGACCAUAUAUGGCCGCCAUGGAAGCUCACAAUCUGCGGUUCGUCAGGUGCCCCAAGUGCCUCCAGCUUCUGGUGGAGUACCCGUCCAUCCCGGUCUACCGGUGCGGCGGCUGCAGCACUGUUCUUCGAGCGAAGAAUCGAGGUGGGCCGGUGACACAUGCCGAUCCGGGAUCUGGUGAGCGGACCAGCUCUCCAUGUAGUGUCGAAGGAUCCCCGCAGAACAGCAAGCCGAUUUGCUUGGAUGAACAGAAAGUUGUCUCCUCUAAUGUGCCGCAUAGCGAAGGUGUGGUGGAGGGAAACAUUUCGGAUGGCGGCAAGGAUGAUAACUCCUAUGGUAGUGUUGAUCCGGAAAGAAAUAUGCCCGUUGGGGAGGGCGCGACACCUGGUGAGCUUGGUGGUGAGGAGAACUGUCAUCCGCUUAUUGAUGGAAAUGCUCGAAACCCUCAGCUUCUGAUCAAAGGGGAAGAUGACAAAGGUACCGAAGCUAGUUCUAGUGUUAUGUUGAUAGAAAAUGGACAGAAUAUUGAGACAAGUGAAAAUGAGAAUGGGGAGAAGGGUUCCGGUAUGGAUGAUGCAAACGAUGCAAGUGUUGGCAGAGAAGUUGCUGAUGUCCAUACCAUGGCAGGUGAGGAAUUGGGAGCUGAUUCUGGCAACAAUAUGGAAGGGGAAAUAGAGAGUGUGGCCGAGCAAACAUAUUCUGAUAGCAAUGGCAAUCAAAAUAUGAAUUGCCAAGAGAUACAACCAUACGAGGGUUUGCAUAUUGGAUCUUAUGAAGAUCUGAUUGAAGAAUUGGAGAGGUCUCUGUCAUUGAGUGAUGACGAGGAAGACUUUCUGGAUGUAGUUGACAGCAAUGGGCUUAAUGAUGCUCUUCAUAACCAAUUUGGUAGUCGAAGGUUUUUGUCAGGGGGCAAAAUGAAUGAUGACCCUCGAAGUGAUCCUCAUGGUCGAUUGAUCGAAGAACUGGAGAGGUCUUUUGGUGAUGUAGAAGAGCCGUUUGAAGAACACUAUAUUGCGGUUGCAGACAAAGAUGUUGCAGAUAAAAUUCAUGGAAAGGAGCAUGAUGAGGAUCCACAACUCCGGGUUGAUGGAAGUGCAGAUGCAUGUGAAGGAAGUAUGUCUUCCUUUGAUGGCGGACUUAUAAAAUCUGGACAAAGUUUUGAACAAAAAGAGCUAGCAGCUGCUGGCGCUAAGGAAAAGGAAGAGGCCCCCAUAGAAGGUGAUAAUAAGGUUGACCAUGUUCAUGGGAAUGGGCAUGUCAUGGUUACAAACAAAAAGGAAGAGGCCUGCAUAGAAGGUAAUAAUAUGGUCGACUGUGUUCAUGGGAAUGAGCAUGUCAUGGUUACAAACAAAAAGGAAGAGGCCACCAUAGAAGGUAAUAAUAAGGUUGACUGUGUUCAUGGGCAUGAGAAUGUCAUGGUUACAAACGAAGUCAAUGCAGCAAGAAUUCAUGAGAAUGAGGAUGAGAAGGAUCUGCAGUACCUGGACACUGAAAGUGCAAAUCCAUGUGAAGGAAGCACCUCUUCCUUUGAUGAUGGACAUCUCAAAUCUGGACAAUGCUUUCAACAAAACAAGCUAACAAUUGGUGACAGUAAAGAGAGCGAAGAGGAUCUUGCAGAAGGGGACAGUAAGAUUGACUGUAUUCAUGCGAAUGAGCCUGUCGUGGUUACAAACAAGGACAUUGCAGAAACAAUUCUUGUGAAUGAACAUGAUAAGGAUCCACAGUACCUGGACAAUGAAAGUGCAAAUCUAUGUGAAGGAGUCACCUCUUCAUUCAGUGAUGGACAUCCCAACUCUGGACAAAAUUUUGAACAGCAGGAGCUAACUUCUGAUGGCACUGAAGAAAAGAAAGAGGGCCAUAUGGAAAAUGACAAUACAGCUAUCUGUGUUCAAGCUGACGAUGCAGCAUCUGUUACUGGUUUUUCAAGUUUGUCAAGUGAGAGGAUUCAUGGCAAAUCACCUAGCUUUCCUACCUUCGAUAAGAAGAAAGAAGAGAUAUCGUCCCAAUACAGAGCUAGUCUACUUCGUCAAGGACUUUCUCUUGAUUCUGAAGACUUCGAGUCAAUCCAAAAGUUUAUCGAGUCACAAAUGGAUGGGACCUCAAGUUCUCUCUCAAGCGGGUCUCCAAAUCAAGGAGAUUUGGUGCUGAAAACAUCAAACAAGUUCAAGGCUGUUGAUCAACUUGAGCGCCUCAAGAAGAUGGAUGAUUUAAGAGAUCAGCUAAAUAGGCUUUCUAGCCAGAAGGGCUUGGAGAAAAGGUACCAGAAGAAAGGCCUUGAAUACCAGCCGCGACAACUGAAUAGCUAUGAUGCCGAGCAACAGUUUCAAAGUGUUGAUGCUGAUUCCAUCCCAAGUUCCUGUACUCUAGACUCCUAUUAUGGCCAUGCAAAGCCACCAAGGUAUCCCCCACCAAAUCCUUUCUCACCACCCCAUUCAUGUGCAAACUGCCGUUUUGGACAUGUGCAAACGCACAUCCCUCACAGCUACGAUGCUUGGGAGUUAAAUUCAUAUUACCAGUCCUCAUAUGCUGGUAGCUCAGUCCUUGACCAUGAUUCGCUCAAGUCGAGCUUCAAGGAACAGAAGCCAGUGGUGAGAAAGCAUAUUUUACGGCCUCUGUCAGGUGCCUCACCAUACACGGUAUGCAACAGCUGUUUCCAUUUGGUUCAAAUGCCAUCAGACAUCUACAUGUCAAAAAGAAAGAUUGGGAAGAUGCAGUGUGGUCGAUGCUCCAAGGUUAUUGUGUUAUCAGUUCCUGCUGUAACUCACACCGAUGGAAAUUUCAGCAAGGAAGUAGCCCGAAAAUCAAGCAAGCCCGAUGACAGAACAGUUGCUAGAACUGAGAGUGCUUCUUAUCCUGUUAGUGUAAGUGAAGAGUAUGGACCAUCCUUCACUAGAAGCUUCUCUACACAAGCAGGAUCAGCCCUUGAUGCCUCACAGAGUAGCAAGAAGGUUUCAGACUCCGCACUUCACCGACUCAUGGGGUAUGAUUCAGCUAGCCAGUUGUUACGUCACAGCAGGGCGUUUGAACGUCGCAGCAGGGUGUUUGAUGAUGGAUAUGAGAGCUUUGAGUCAAUGGUGCCGGUGUCCAGCAGAGUGUCCAGAAGAAAGAACAAGUGAGGUUUUGCACUGGGAUGUGAAGCCUUUGGCCCCUUGGAAGUCACAGUUUUGACGACAACUUUCCUGCAAAUAGUUUUGUGGAAUUUUUCGGACAACUCUAGCUCUAUCUGAACUCAUUUGGUUUCUCAAAAUUCUUUACUCAUGUGGUAUAUAUAUUGUUUAUUCUUGAUGUAAACAUGUCCAUAUUUUGGGGGUAUAAUAAGAAUUUUUUAUGCUACAUCCUACACUGUUAAA